AUGGCUGGGGAAAGAGGUACGGCGAAUAGUGUCGCGGCCACCGCUCUGGUGAUGAUGGUUGCCGUCACCUUGUUGGUUGAUGUGGCUCAAGCCGAGCAAUACAUUGUUGGUGGUGAUGGUGUUACUAACGGUUGGGACUUGCACUACGAUGCCAAUUGGGUUAAGGACAAGAAUUUCAAAGUGGGUGACAAACUCGUGUUCCUGUUUGACCUACGCUUCCACGAUGUGAUGGAGGUAAGCAAGAGUGACUACGACAACUGCCAACCCAACCCCAGAGAGAGCUGGAACUCUGAACCAACUAUUGUUAACUUAAAUGCAACAGGAACGCGUUACUUCAUCUGCUCUACAUCUGGGCACUGCAACAGCGGAAUGAAGAUUGCGGUCACCACCGGCAACUAA